UAGAGCUUAUUUUGGUUGUUUUGCAUCGUCCCAUUAGCGUAUGCUAUUUUGGUUGUUAUAUCUUUCCUCGUCCCAUUAGCGUAUUUUUUUUUCCAUCCGUGAAACAACAAUUUACACCACCAACCUUGUACUUGAAAGUGGAGUUAUGGGGUCUUAGUGUUUGAACUUUGGUGUCUUUGAAAGGGUUUGAUUAAUUUAGAGAGAUGGGUGGGAGCAAGAAGAGGAAGAGAAACGAGGGGCAACGAGGAGGCACAGUGUAUUCAGAAAACCCACCAGACUUUGCUCUUUUGGCUUCUCUCUACCCUGAAUUCCACCCUUUCCUUCAAUUCUCGCAUCCUCACUCUCGCCCCACCAUCGAUUGGACCGACUUCAACGCCACUCGCCAACUCACGCGCGUCUUGCUCCAUCAUCGCCACGCUCUCACCUGGUUUUCUCUCUCUCUCAUCACACAGUGGAUUCCUGAUGGACACCUCUGUCCAACUGUGCCCAACAGGUGCAACUACAUUCAUUGGCUUCAACAUCUUCUCUCAUCAAACAUCAUUCGAAACACCGUUUCAAGUGAUGGCAAGUUCAGGGGAUUUGACAUUGGAACUGGAGCCAGUUGCAUUUACCCCCUUCUUGGUGCUUCUCUUCAUGGAUGGAGUUUUGUAGGAUCAGAUGUGACUGAUGUUGCAAUUGAGUGGGCGGAGAGAAACGUUAAUAGUAAUCCACAUAUUUCUCAACUGAUUGAAAUCAGAAAGGUUCAAGACAAUGCAAGUGCUCCCUGUGUGGAAGUUGAAGAGUCGGUGACUGGUGACAGGAUUACUUUGUGCAGGAGUACUGAUGUGGAGGUAGCUCCUUUGCCUCUUGAUUUGCAUUCUUGCAAGAAUAGGAAUUAUCAUGGACCUCCCAUACUUGUUGGUGUGGUCAGGGGUGAUGAGAAUUUUGAUUUCUGCAUGUGCAAUCCGCCAUUUUUUGAAAGCUUGGAGGAAGCUGGACUCAAUCCCAAAACUUCUUGUGGUGGGACUUCUCGGGAAAUGGUUUGCCCUGGUGGUGAGAGGGCCUUCAUUACUCGUAUUAUUGAAGAUAGUACUCAACUGACGGAGCAAUUUCGGUGGUUCACUUCAAUGAUAGGUAAAAAAUCAAAUCUCAAGUACCUUACAUCAAAACUUUGGGAGGUUGGAGUUGCCAUAGUGAAGACAACUGAAUUUGUCCAAGGCAGGACAUCCCGGUGGGGGCUUGCUUGGUCUUUCUUAACUCCCAUUCAGAAGACACCAAUUUCUUUGCCCAACAAGAAAAACACAUCCUUCACGCUUGAGGGCCUUCAACGCCAACAUGGUGCCAUUAAUUUGUUGGAAGCUGUCAAUUCUUACUUCUCUUCACAUGGCCUAUUCUGUACAUUGAAUACCUCCUCUUUCACAGUGGAUGUUGCAGCAUCAAAAGAUGAUUGUGAUUCAAUCUUGAGGAAUGAAUUACACAUCAUCAACAAAUCCAUCAAUUGCCAACCUACACAAAAGACAUCUAAUGGGUCGAGUUUGAAUCUCUCUUCUGAGAGAUUAUGCUUUCGUAUAUCGGUUUUUCAGCAAAUUCCUGGGACACUGUUGGUGAAAGGUUCAUUACAAGACAGGAAUUGUGCAGUAUCAGGAGCAUUCUCGGUGAUUUUCCAAAAACUAGAGGAAGCUUUGCGGAAUAAUUUUUGUACUAAAUCAGCGUAGGGGUUUGAUUAUUUGAUUUAUUGUUUGGGACAGUGACUGUAUAUGAUAUGGGAUGUUGAGAAGUUCUUCAGUACUAAUCUGUGGAUUAAUGAUUUAUACAAAGCAAGUAGUGAUGGUGCUGUUUUGGCGUGAAAAGGAAAUGAAGGGCAACAUGCAUUGUUGCUCUUUGGGAAAUUUUGGGUAGAUUAUGUGCAUUAUUUUGUUCACCAAACCAACAAGAAUCAUUCAGUUGAUUUGUAAAUUGUACUUAAUGGGGUCUGAAUUUAAGAAUGUCAGCAGUUUUAGUACUUGCUUGA